UUCUGUGUCCGACACAUGGUAGAAAUCAGGGGGAUGCACGUGCACGUGCAUGGGUGGGUAUGGAGCUGGAUUUGGCUUUUUGUCCGAUUUUCUGAGCAGACUACAGCACAGAAGCAGUCGGACGGUUUGUGACUCCACUCGACCCAACCCCAUUUUGUGCAUAGGCCUUAACAUGCUCGGGAAAACAAGAAAAGCAAGUCUCCCACCUGCUGUGAUCUGUCUCUGGCUCCUGGCAUCAGGAGUUCUGGUCAGAGCGGAGGACGCCAUGAAGGGGAGUGCAGCCCUUUCCAAGAACCCCAUUCGUCAGUCGGCAUCUCUGUGUGCCGGUGAACAGGAGUAUGUCGACAGGAGGAAGCAGGUCGUUCUCCAAGCACUCAGCACCCUGAAUAUCAGCUGUACUUUGGAUUCAGUUCCCCACAUUGCCCUGCUGGCUUCUGGGGGAGGUCAGAGGGCAGCUGUGGGCUCAGUGGGCUCCCUCCAUCAGAUGGGAGAAGAAGGGCUGCUGGACGCCCUGCUCUACAUGGGAGGAGUAUCUGGGUCAACCUGGGCCAUGGCCUCGCUGUACAGUGACCCUGAGUGGAGCUCCAACAUCGAGGCGGCCAUUUCCACGCUCACAGGCCCUGGGGUCAGGCUGGAGCAGGCUUUGGAUUGGUUGGGCGAGAGGGCCAAAGAGGAGCACUUCUCCCUCGCUGACAUCUGGGGGGUGCUGACCUCCGCUGGGAUCAUGAAACAGCAUCUUUGGUUUCAAAAGAUGGAUCCGCGACGUCUUUCGGAGGAAGCCAGCAGGAACGCGACCAACCCGUACCCCAUCUACGGCGCCAUAGAGAAGCACUGCUUCUCAGAGGGGCCCAUCCAAGGGAAAUGGUUCGAGGUGAGCCCUCACGAAGCAGGGUUCACAGAGUUGGAUCUCUUCAUUGAAACGUCUCUCCUGGGCAGCAAAUUCCAGAGUGGAGAGGUCCUGGAGGUGAAGCCGGAGAUGGACAUCAUCAGACUGCAGGGUGUUUUAGGGUGUGCACUGGCUCACAUGGAGAUAAUCAGGGAGUUCCUUCCUCCUUGGCUGAACGUGCCUGGCUACAUGGACGUUUCUACCCGAGAGUACCUGCGGGUGUACAGCACGCUUGACCAGCUGGUCGUCCUGUCCAGGAGCACAGUGGAGGACCCCGGUUCUCUGUCCGACUUUGACGCGCUGCAGAAAAUACUUAAAGAAAAGGUCUAUCUAAAUGAGUCUUCGGUGCUGGAGUCUAAGAGUCCAGAAGAGAGGAGAGCUCUGUUUCAGCAGUGGACCCAGGACCUGCUGGUGGCGGUCGAGACUUGGAGCCAAAAUCUCCAACCUGGACCUUUCAAAACGCAUGUUUCUUUCCUCAUAAGAAAAAUCAUUCCUCUUCUCAUAAAAUGGGAAUGGGGAACAACCAACAACUUCCUCUACCAGUACCAGGAUUCCGGAAUUCCAGAGUGCCUCCGCUCUCAGCAGCAGUUUCAUCUGAUCGAUGCGGGGAUGCUCAUCAACGUGGGCUACCCCUCGUUUCUGGGGGACAAAAGAGACAUCGACCUCAUCAUCGCUCCAGAGUACAGCGCUGGUGACAUGUUUGAGACCCUGAUUCUCGCAAGAAACUACGCAGCUGAGGUGAAGAAGCCUUUCCCAGAGAUAAGUGAGAAAAUCCUGGAAGACAAAGAUUGGCCAAAGGACUGCUAUGUGUUUGAGGGAAAGGGGAAGGAGCCAACCAUCAUCUACAUGCCGCUUUUCAACAGACAGAACUGCAAAGAUGCAGAGGAGUUCAAAGCAAUGAUGGAGAGGUUUUCCACCUUCCAGCCUCCUUUCAGUCGGGAGAAGAUCCACUUUGUGCUGGAGACUUCCAGAACUAACGUGAGGAACAACAGGGAGAUUCUGCUGAGAGAGAUAAACAAAGCUGCCCUCCGCCGGCAGAGCACACGGAGUGGUGUCGUUUGAACCUUUUCGGAUGGACUCUCAUGAACUCAAAUCUGCUCUUUGAUUUAGAUUUCAACACAAACAUUAAGCAUUAAGGUGCUUCUAUUUAGCCAGUUUGUAUGAUCCAAAUAUGAUCCUAUUGAGUAAAGGCAUGCAUGUUAAAUAAAUGUGUCCCACUGCACAUCUUCAUUUGGCGUCAUUGUUCUGUACACAUCCAAACAGAAGUCAAACUGAAUGAACUAAUACUCAAGUUUUGCCAGACAGAGUUAUAUAGAGCUUCGAAUCCCCCCCCCCUUUUUUAGAUUAAAUUUAUCUAUCUAAAGGUAGUAACACCUUUUUAAUUUGUUCCCAUUGUAAAAGCUCAGUGGGUGUGGGAGUUGGACUUAAAAAAAAAAAAAAUUCUAGUAAUUUAUAUAUUUGAAAUGGGCAUUAUUUUGUAUUUGGUUAUUUGAUUUACAUUGGCACAGUCAUUCAAUGCUGAUAAAGCAUUAAACUACAUGAGAUUAAAUAAACUUUCUGCCGCGGUCACGAUUCAACACACAACAUUAAUUAAGAUUCUCAAAGCAGUUAAGACUCCACUAUGAAUCUCACUUAAUUGGAUUAGAAAAAGUGCUGCGUUUGAACAGGCUCCCAUCCUCUCGAGUCUCCAUAUUUAAACCAGACAGUUUGAUUCACACAGUUUCAUACAAAAUACAUCCCAGUUGGGUAAAAAUCCUGCCUUAAUGACAUGUUAAUUUUUAUAUGGAUAUUACAAAUGCACGAUACAUCACACAUACGCAGGAUUGAUCUCAAUUUAAUGAGAUUCCCAGUGCGUUCCUUUGGAGUCAUCCUUUAAAAAAGGAUCCAAAGUUAUGUCUAGUCUUAAAAUAUAUGAAACUAUUCUGUUAAAAAAGUAUUUUCACUGCCUGAUUGGAAGAAAAAAUCCCUGUGUCAAAUGAAACUGAUUUCUAAAUUUUAAAAUGAUUUUUUUUUUUAACCUAAUUGCAGAAAUUGAGUCGGUUAAUCUGCUGAAUUGGGAGGUUGCGAAUACAAAACCUGAUUCUUAAAAAAAGUUGUAAAACAGUUUGUCAAAUGUAAAUUCCCAGACAGAAAAAAUAGAAAGAACUGUAACUGUAUCCUUCAGUUUAUGUUACAUGUAUUGUGCAUCAUAUAAAGAAUAUGUGAUUUACUUUAUUCAUAUAUUGUUCUAAUAAAUACUCAAAUCAUAGAAGUUUCAUUUGUUCAGAUUUACUA